AUGGCUCAAACAUUUAUUCUUGCCCUUCUUGCGACUACAACAGCGGCCGCUCCAUCUGCUCUUAACUCUCGAAUCGUUGGUGGAACAGCAGCAAAGCUGGGAGAAUUUCCCGAGACUCUUCUCCUCAGUUGGAGAAAUUCACAAAGACAAUGUGGUGCUGUACUGAUUAGUGAUAAAGUUGCGGUGACAGCUGGAUAUUGCCUUACAGAACGUGAUGGUACCGCGCUUCCUGCAGAGUUUCUCCGGAGAGGCCAGCUGCGGGUCGGAUCCUUAGAGGCCGGUUCUGGAGGUACGGUUUAUGGAUUCACGUCCGUCACGGUACAUUCUGGUUAUAAUGUUUCGACAAUUACGAACGACAUUGGGCUUAUUCACUUAAGCACAUCUGUCCAGCAAAGCCGGAACGUUCGCAAAGCGAGGUUGCCCGCAAAGGGCUCAGAUCCUAGGUCCGGCUCCACAGCAAGUAUCUUAGGCUGGUUUGUGUUUCUCUUCUUUUGGCAUUAA